AUGAGCGACACAAACAAAGACCUGCAAGACCUCGCGCGCACCACAACCGAAGACCUCUACGCCCUACUCGCCGUGCCCUUCGACGCAGAAGAAGCCCAUAUAAAACGCGCCUACCGCAAAGCCUCGAUAAAAUACCACCCCGAUAAAAACCCCGACAACGCCGAUGCAGCAGACCGCUUCAUCUACCUCGGCUGGGCGCGCGACAUCCUGCUCGAUGAGGGACUGAAGGGCGAAUAUGACCGUGCGCGCGCGAGGCGGCGGGAGAAGAACUUGCAGGAUGAGCUGCUGAGCGGGACGCGGCGGCGCAUGAUGGAGGAUCUGGAGGCGCGGGAGCGAGCAGGGAGAGAUGCCGGGGCGGGGUUAAAGAGGAAGCGGGCAGAAGAUAUGAGCGAAGCGGAGCGACAGGAGCAAGAAGUCCAACGCCUGGCCGAAGACGGAAAGAGACGGCGCAAAGAAGCCCAAGAGCGCCGCCGUAAACUCGACGAAGAAUCACUCCCCACCCCUACCUCCACCGAGUCCGCCCCCACACCAACUUCCACACAACCAGGCGCCACCCCCGCCCUCGCCCGCACAAUAAAAGCACGCUUCCACCGCUCCCCCACCACCCAGUCAUGGGACAAACACACCCUCUCCACCCUCUUCGCGCGCUACGGCCCAAUCGACAGCGUCGUCACCCCAAAGGACAAGAAGAUCCGCGACUCGGGCGCCAAGCACCGCCGUCUCGUCGCCGUCGCUUUCAUCGUCUACACGCGCGUCGAUCACGCGUAUGCUGCUGUGGCGGAUGCGAUGGCUGAUAUGCCUGCGCUGGAAUCUGUGGGCUGGGCGCACGCGGAGCCCGAUUUGAAGGGGCCUGGUGGGGAGGCGGAGGCGGAGAGGGAGAGGGAGAGGCCAUCUGCGCCGUCGACGCCCAUCGCCAAGUCGUUCAGGACGUCGUUUGGCCCGGGUAUGGGCGGGAAGGGACUGGGUGGUACGACGACGCCGCUCGGCACGCCAAAAUUCUCCUUCAGUCCCAAGACGCCGAGUCUCGAGGAGGUGACCAUGAUGCGGCUCAAGCAGGCGGAGAAGAAGAGGUUGGAGGAGCAGAUUCGCAGGCAGGAAGCUGUGGAGGAGGCUACUACCUCAUAA